AUGGGAGACGACGAAGAUAAGAAGAGGCUCUAUGUUGGUUCUUUGAGCUACAACACAACCGACGAAAGUUUAAGAGCAUUCUUUGAAGAAAUCGGUGAAGUUUCAGAUGGUAAGAGAAAUUAACUCUGAAUUACAGAGGUUGCGUUCAUUUUGCAAAUUGAAAGCUUGCAAUGGCAAAAGGUGCUUGAUUUUCAUUCAGUAGUGCAUUCGGUAAUGUUAUUACGGCAGCACUGUAGCCUGUAACAAAAAAAGGUUCUUGAAAUCGAACGUUCGAAGGUCUUGGAAUCGAAACGUCCAUCAUGACGAUCUGACAGGGGAAAUGUCCACUGGCCCAACAAUUGGUCACGUAAGAAGGUUGCAGCAUGUGGAAGUUUUCAUCACAAGACGAAAAGACCCUUCCGCGGUUUGAAAAUUUCAACUUGUAAUAAGGACCAGUUAGCGAUGGUUGAGUUAUAAGGCUCUCUUUAGAGCGGGUUCGAUGGAUGUCUACAAACCGUUGAAAUCUCGAUGCCCCGAAAUGACAUUUCUAGUGUUCUGAGACGACAAUUUCUAUCUAAAAUGUUCACUAAAUCGACUGUCACAGCUAAGUAUUCUCUGUUAGGUGUUUCUUGUAUAAGUAUCAUAAGAAUUCAUUUGAAAGUUUCAGAAUAGAUGUCAAAAUCGGGAUUUUUCCUGUUGCGAUCGCAUCUUCUUGGUUUGCAACCACGUGACAAGGCGGCCAUGUUGUGGGUCAAUACAAUAGAGUUUUUUCUCGAAUAAUUUACAAAAAUAUUGAGUUUAGUUCCAAGAGGAGAGAAAUGCUUUUAUUCUUGACCACCAACAGCCAACCUAACCCCAAAUCGGGAGAAUCCUGAUGAGAGCAGGAUGUUUGGACAGUGUGAUGUUGAUCCAUAAAUGUAGAGAAGAUCAUCAAAGUUUAGUGUGCAACUUAUGCAGUUGAGAAAAAACCCUAAAAAAAUACCGAAAAGAUGUGACCUCAUAAGUUGUGUAUUUAACUGUGAUGAUCUCUUCUGCAAUCAUUUCCUCAUCCUGUAGUUCAAAUACAUAUUUCCUCAAAUAAUAACCGGGGGCAAUUAUUUCUUUUUUUCGCACAAAAAGGGGGUGAUUAUUUCAAACAUUGCUCACUGGAAGUUGUGCCCUAAAUAUUUUGUUUUCUUUUCCCUUUAAAUCAAAAAAUAAUCACAUCAAAUAAAUUGAACAUGGGCUUUUUAAGUGUUCCAAAUUUAGGUCCUUAAUUAAUUUUCAUAGCUUGAAUCAUCACUGAUCAGUUUUGCUAGAUCUCAUUGCACUUUAUCUUGACAGGAAGAGCAAAAAAGGAAGAGAAGAUGGUGAGCGGGGUUGGGGGGAGGCGAUUAUUUGAGGGAGGCAAUUAUUUAAAAAUGUCAGUUGAACAGGGGCAAUUAUUCGAGGGAGGUGAUUAAUUGAGGGACAGCUACUAUUUGAGGAAAUAUGGUAUAUGAUAUGCAUAUAAUCAUUAGUUCAGUGUCGAUCAUUAGGGAACUUAAGAACCACAACGAAGUUCACGACGACGACGUCUCUUGACUGGGAAAAGACUGGAACGAGAACGUCAGUUUCAGUGUGAAAAAGGAAACUUACGAUGUAGUCGGUCGGUUGGUUGACGACGACGACACUGAAUGUAAACACAAAUGUAAAACUGUCAUGUUUGUUCACAACAAAGUUUUUUGCAGUGGCGUCUUUUAAAACAAUGCAAGAUCUUAUUUUUUAAGCCGUACAUCUAAUUUCAUCGACGAUGAAGAAUUAUUUUUUGUGUUUGUGACCUCUUCGAGUGGAAAAACACCUGCUUUCCGUAUGAAGAUUAUUGAACUUUCAACCUGAAUGAGAUGACCGAGUCCGAGUGUUUGUCAGAGUUUAGAUUUGGAAAAAGAGACAUUCUGAUGUGAUAGCUGUUUUCCAUAUAAAGUUUAUUUCCUCUCUAUUAAAGAUAUGUGAUUUGCCUUACCUAAAUGCAUACAAAUAAAUUUAUCACUUACGAGUUCGCUCGCUCGGCCUACGCAGCUGUUGUCAUUCUUCGAAGUAAAAACAAUUCAAAAGGUCUAGAUAGCAGCAACAAUAUAGAUAGUCGUAUAAACAUAACAACUUUCUUUAAUUUUCCAGACAUGUUUCGACAGUACAUCCGUCAUCUUCAGUGUUACAUAUUUUGAAAUCGCCGUUGAAUUUAAAGCGCGUGCGAUCGUACAAAGCUUGUUACAUUGCGUUGUCAAUAUUGCGUACUAAAACAAAAUUAAAUGAGUGACCCUUAGUUCUUUACAGGGAGAGAGUCGGGUUAAUGUGUUUCACCUGCUGGUUGAGAUCGGGCUUCUCCCAUUUUAUGAACAUGGAUUCUUUAAGCUUCACUUGGUACUUAGUGGCUGCAGAGUCUAGGAUCUCGAAGCAAUCCGGUGAGCAGGAUGCUCUACAAAACUCUGAACUCUGCAGAUGUUUAAAAACGUUCGAAGACCUGUCUGAAAGUAAGUGCUCGCGCACUCGUGUGGAGAAGUGUUGGCUGGUUUCACCAACAUAACAAGCAUUACAACUUGCACACGAAAAUUUAUAGACCACACGCGUGCGUAGCCCCUCAGGGACAGCAUCUUUCACAUUAAAAAGAUUCCUGACUUUGAAAGUAGUAGUACGCAAUAUUGACAACGCAAUGUAACGAACUUUGUAAGAUCGUGCGCGCUCUAAAUUCAACGGCGAUUUCAAAAUAUGUAACACUGAAGAUGACGGAUGUACCGUCGAAACAUGUCUGGAAAAUUAAAGAAAGUUGUUAUGUUUAUACGACUAAAAACAAUUCACUAGUCAAAUUUUCAAUCAACAUCGCUUGUUAGGGAAAAAAAGGAAUGAUACCUGGAUUUAUGAGGAUAAGAAAAUGCAAAGGACUUCAAAAAUCGCUUAAAACAGUGGAUUUAUACCUGCCAAAGCUUGUGGAUUGCAGGACGACAUGAUUCUACUUUGUUUGGCGUCGUCGAUGACACCAUAACAAUGAAAUUUACUGGUCGCACUUGCUCAGUACACUGUAACUCACUUCCAGUCGUCGUCGGGGUUCUUAAGUUUCCUAUUAAGGAUUUAGAUCAUUGGACCUCUUCAUCUUCCUCUCUUGUUAAGCCCAGCCAGACAAUGGAAUUUUAUAUUGAUAUUGUGUACUUUCUAAUAUUGUUCCUUGCAGCGAGAGUUGUAAUGGAGAGAGAGGAUGAAACUCGAUCAAGAGGCUUUGGCUUUGUGACAUUCUAUGAAGAAAAGAAUGUCCAAAAGGCAAUUGAGCAGUUGAAUGGAGAGGUAAAACGUCUUUCUACAAUGGUGGCAACAAAUUCCUUAAUAAACUCGCUAAAUUCCAAUAUCCACAUGCAAAUUUUCCAGACUGAUCUCCACAAGAGUAGAAAUCAAAACAUAUAUGCUCAGUAGAUUUUUGGACCCUUAUUCAGUUUACUACUUACUCAGAAUUCAAGCUAACACAUUGUUUUAUUUAUUAACUUGGUUAUUAUAAAGAAACAAAUAAAGUACAGUGGAACCUCUUGUUUGGCACACCUCUAUUCAAGGGACACCUCCAUUCAGGGGACAAAAUUUGGUCCUGGAAAAAUGCCCACAUAAUCUUUGUAUUUAUUACCUCUUUUGAAGGGACAGCUCUACUCAGGGGAAAAGGACACUUUUUCUGGGUGCCAAACCUGAAUACCUUAGAACUUGAAAAGUGACUGACUGCAAAAAGGGUUGAUAUCUUUAAGCAUACCCUUAUCACAAUUAUGGAAGCUUUCACAGACUGAACUAUCUCACUUACUGGGUAGAGACACGUCAUCGGUAUGGAAUUUUUGCAUUGAAAUUCCUCAGACAUCACUUCAUGGCAAAACUAGUGAUGUCACCUGUUUUCUCUGGAUAGCAACCUAUGUAUUGUUUACUGAAUGCACAGUGCAGUUAUAAAUGGAAUUGUUAUUCAAUUUUCCUCCUAGGAGCUGGAUGGGCGAACCAUUAAGGUAUCAAGAGCUAAGUCCCGUGGUGGUGGUGGAGCAGGAGGAGGAGGAGGAUAUAGAGGAAGAGGGGGUGGCUACGGAGGUGGACGCGGUGGAGGCGACUACAGAGGUGGAAGAUAUGGUAGAGGUAUGCAACAACAACAACAACAACAACAGUCUUUAUUUGUACUAACUCCUGCUCAAAAAUAAAUUACAAUGAUGAGAAUUAAUAUUAAAAGUAAAAAUUAGAGUAUUGGCUGCCUGAAAUAACCAUGGGGGCUAGCAGAGCCAUGCAGCGAGUUGACAACAGCAUUAUUUAAAAGUAAAUUACAGGUAAGCAAGAAAACUGAAGCACAUCUUUCUCGCUGACCGCUGACCGCUGCACUUCUUGGAGUGUUUCAGGGUUCUCAAAAAGUGCUGGCAACCGGCAAUGUCGCCAGCUGCUUACAUAAUUUUGUCGGUUACAAUUUACUGGUUAAAAGAAAAGAAUGAGGAAAUAAAGGUGUUACCAUUUGCCAGUGUGAGAAAGACCAGUCCACUACUCAGGGUCUCAAAAUAACUGGUAAAUUAAGGUACUGUCCUCACACUGCAAAUGGCUCUGACCUUUGCAUGUCCUGAUGACCUUGUAAAAUGGCAGUCCUAUCUCUAUCAGAUGUAGGAAUACAGGGCUGAAACUUGGCAGUCGCCAGGUCACCAGUGGCGACUUAAAAUGUAGCUGGGCGAUGAAAAAUUGUGGUUGAAUUGCCUGACUGGCAACUGCAAUAAAAAAAUAUAAAUUCGAAUUCAUCCCAAUGUAAGCUUAUAUUAUGAUUGCCAGUACGAACUUAAAUAAAAAUAAAAUGACAGGUUGUUUUGUUGGAGUACCUUUCUUUCUUGUCCCUGAAUCUAAUUUCUCCGAGUCGUAUGAGCAUUUUAUAGUUUUAAAUGGAAAAGGAUUAAACCCUAAACAAUUCUGAACCGAUCCAUGAGACGCAGGGCUCGAAAUUAAAAAAAUCCUCAGGUCGCCUUUUGGCGACCAACUAGAGAAAUAUAGUCACCAGAUGCAAAUUUUUAGUCGCCAGUUUGUAUCAUGUAAAUGACCCAGCUCAGGGCUUGUGGUAUUUCGCGCGGUCGCGAAGCCGUGACAUUCACAAAAGCACGCAAAAUACCGCGAAAUUCAGUAGAAAUUUUAUCAAAUACAUGUCUCUUAACAACAUAUUUGAAACUUAUCUCAGCAAUUUCAUCUUGAAACUUCAUCACUGAAACGUGCACACAUCGUCCUAAGACUACCAGGCAUAGAUUAUGUUGCGAAAACCUGGGCACUAGUUAUGAUGUUAAAGGCUUUGCCAUUGGUUCAUUUCUGGAGCGUAUUGUUGUUGAGAGAGCAAAUGAUGACCUCUGUUAGAAAAACGUUUAAAAUGCUGGUCUGAUCAGCGCAAAACCGAUCGAUUUCUAGCGAAUUUUCCCUGAAAAUAAGCAUAAAAUCGGCUGUUUUUACCGAUUGCUUUUCGCGAAGUUUGCUCCGAAAAUUUUCUCGAAAUUGGCCGAUUUUUCCGCGCAUUUGUCCCUUAACAUCCCGCAAAACUUGACUUUUUUCCGCGACCUUUUAGAAACCCUGCAUAGUAUGGCGCGAUCCAUCCGAUUUCCGCGAUUUGAAAAUACUAGGGAUAGAAGUCGGUGUAAAUUUGGAGGUUAACUGGCUUUGUUUAUGACAUUUGGCACAUUUUUUAUGAUGAGAGCAAAGCAAGAUAAUAUGAAAUGUUUGUGUUAACUUAACUCAUUUAAUUUAAAUCUAAAAUAUAGAGAAAUCUGGUCGCCACUUUUGCGACUAAAUCAGAAUUUUUAGUCGCCAAGGAGAAAAUAUUAGUUGCAUUGGCGACCGUAUCAGUCGCAAUUUCGAGCCCUGAGACGCCAUUUUGAUUUUUCUCACGUGACUCAAGAAUUACCCAUAGUACUUUGCUGUCUGCUUUUGUUGCUGCUGCUUCCUUGCCUCCCAUGUGUGAACAGCUUUGGAAUACUAAAUCGACUGGAAAAGACCGGCAAAAUGUGGGGAUUUCUCUCUGAUUGUGAGCCGCCUCCAAAAAAAAAAAACCAAAAGAUCACAAACAUUUCAAAAGUCAGAGGAAGGGCUAGGGAGACCAAAAGGCACAUUCCUCUUUCCUUUAAAUAUACUGGAAAUCCAGGGCCACUUAAUGUUGACCUGGACGACUAAGAAUUCAAGGAAACUGGCCUGGCUGGCCACCAAGCACUGGAGUUAAGUUUCAGCCCUGGUGAUAGCAUCCUCAAUAAUAGUGCUCUCAUGCUAAAUACAUUUACACUCUAUUUCAAAUUAAGUGCUUUUUUAUAUUUUCCCAUGGAAGGUCAUAACUGAGUGACUUUCUUAGUGUUCAAACAGCUGGACUUUUACUUUGCAGGUUCUUAUGGUGGUGGUGGCGGCGGUGGCUAUAAUAGCUAUGGUGGCUACGGAGGAGGAGGAGGGAGCUAUGGAGGAGGCAGCAGCUAUGGUGGAGGCCGCAAUUAUGGAGGAGGCGGUGGCUAUGGUAGCCAAGGUAAUGAAUAUUAUUAA